AAUAUAGUUAACAAAGCAAAACCGGCGACAAAGAGAAUCCGUUGAAGGCAUAUAUAAUAAAAAAAUACUAUACCGACAACAGCUGCUGAUGAUCCAAUGGUCUCCCAUUGUCUCUUGCGAGUUACCAUCAAACUUCUUCAUUGCCUGUCCUCUUCUUCAGCUUUAUCAUCUCUAAACACUUGCAACAGUUCACUUUCCUAUAAAUCCCUCCAAACUAACUCUCUCUCUCCCCCAACCCCCCCACCCCAAAACUUCAUUUCCUUUCUUUUAUCCAUAUCCUCUCUUCCUUUUACAUUUACAACAACCACUCUUUGUUAGCCUUUUAUUUUUCAACAGAUUUACAUGUCCGCGAUGGAGCUGAUUCCUGGUCUUCCUAAUGAUAUUGCCCGUGAAUGUUUGAUUCGUGUCCCAUACAAUAACUUCUCCAACAUUGCAUCAACCUGUAAAGAUUGGAAGGUUGAAAUUCAUUUGCCAGAGUUUUUUCGUCAUCGAAAAGCCGCUGGCUGUAGUAAACAUGUGAUGGUGAUGACCCAAACCCGAGUCAACCCGAGAGGAAAUUUCGGCCUGAAAUGCCAGGCCAUGCGGGUUUAUCGCCUCGUGCUUUGCGAGCCGGAUACCGGUGACUGGUGUGAGCUGCCUUCGGUUCCGGAGCUGUUUGAUGGGUUGCCCAUGUUUUGUCAAGUUGUCGGAGUCGGGUCGAACCUUGUCGUGAUGGGCGGGUUGGAUCCGGAUACUUUUGAGGUCCGGAAUGCUGUCUAUGUUUACAAUUUUAUAUCGGCCAGGUGGAGGCGUGGGGCUGAUAUGCCAGGUGUACGGAGGAUAUUCUUUGGAUGCGCGUCGGAUUUGGAUCGGAUGGUCUACGUUGCCGGAGGACACGAUGGCGACAAAAAUGCGUUGAAAUCAGCAAUGGCAUAUGACGUGGCAGCUAACAUGUGGGUUCAGUUGCCUGACAUGGAAAGAGAGCGUGAUGAGUGCAAGGGAAUUUUUCACCUUGGAAAGUUCCACGUCAUCGGCGGAUAUUGUACAGAGAGGCAAGGCCAAUUCGAGAGCAGUGCCGAGCAAUUCGACAUUGCCACGUUUCAAUGGAGCCCAGUGCAAGAUAACCUGUUGUUAACCGGUGCGUGUCCAAGAACAUGUGUGGCAGCUGACGGAAAAUUAUACAUGUGUCGGGAAGGUUACGUGGCAAGACUGGAGGGUGACACCUGGACACCAAUAGCUGAGCUGCCAGUUGAAGUGUGCAAAACAGCUCAUAUGUGCACGUGGAAAGACAAAUUGUUGGUGAUUGGUUCAUGGAGCUUCGGCGAGCCCCACACAGCUUACGUGUUGAAUUUGAGAAGUUACACGUGGAGCAGAAUGGAAGUGGGAGAGGAAUAUUCGGGUCAUGUUCAGUCUGGUUGCUAUCUGGAGCUGUAAAUGGGUUCAAGUGGUUGCGUGUGUUUCGGUUUGGUUGGCUCUAUAUGUACGCAUGAAACAGCCCUUUUUUGUAAAUUAAAUGCAAUUUUGAUGCUCUGUACCUGCUAGUCAAGGCUAACAGGAUAAGAUGCCUGUAUAUAGAACAGUUUUAAAUAAAGGUUGACAAGGUGGCAUCAGACAGGGAAACCUGAAGAAAAAGUGAAAAGUUGUUUGACAAGGUGUCCGCCUUUUAAAAGGGCAAAUCCAAUGCAUAAGUUGAGCAUUUGAGAUUGGGAUGAUGAGAGAGACGGGGUAUUACGAUAUCUGGUGCAUUACAUGGCAUACAAGGCCCACCCCAACGCCCACAAUCUGAGUGCACCCUGCAGUGCCCUGAGAGCGAGCCUGGAACAAUGGAACAAUGCUCGUGGAUUUCUUGCUCUCUCGUUUUGCGUGAAUGCAAAACCAUGGGUCAGGACACAUGGUUUGCGAUUGCGAGUGGCGUCAGAUCAGAUUCAUCCAAGUGCUCAAAAUCUACGCAUUUUUAUGAUUUAUGUAUCGUGGCAAUUACUUGAUGUUUAAUGUAUUACCCAUACAAAUAUAAUCUGAAUACGUGUGUUCACUUGCAAUGAAGAUGAGGCUUUAACUUUACUUGAAAAAAAAAUUAUAAGGCUUCAGUUUUGAAGUGAGAAAGAGAAUGAUAAGCAUUAUUGAAGCAAAUUGUUUGAUA